UGUUGUUGUUGCCGUUCUUUUCACUUUCAUUGCGCAUUUUGUACACAAGUUUCGCGAUUUUAAACCAAUUUACAUUAAUUAGGAAGGCGGUAAAGCGCAAUGUAGGAUUGUAUAAGAUUAAAGUGCAACCGUAGCGACAAUGAAGUCUUGUUGCAGCGCCAGCAGCAAUAGCAAACGAUAAUAAUAGAAAGGCCGCAACGGCUCGUUGUAGGGGGAGGGAUUUGGCCGCUAAAACCGGAAAACAAAAACUGGUCCGUAGCCGAGGACACGUCGAAGUUCAUUGCACUGUGAAGAGAUGCGUCUGCUACAACUGCUGUCGCUUUGGCUGCUCUGUAGCCAUGCUACCGGCGCCAACAUCCUGGCGGUGCUGCCCAGCGUCUGGAGAUCGCAUUAUCUCUUUGGACGUCGCCUGCUGCAGCAACUGGUGGCCGGUCCACAGAAUCAUUCGGUGACGCUAAUAAGCCCACAUGCAUUAUCCGCGACAGAUGCGGGAGCAGCACUCUACAGAAUACGCGAGAUACGUAUUGAGGAUCAUGAUCUCAAGCAAAAUUGGCUGGACAUGGGCAUGAGCUUUGAGGCGGAACAGAUGCACGCCCAGACCGUUAUGGAGCGCUUCACGCGCAUGAUCUAUGCGGGAACCACAAAUGUGGACCUGCUACUCUCGGAUGCACAGGUGCAAAAGCUAAUAACUAGCGGAGAGAAAUUUGAUUUACUUAUCGUGGAUUUGUUUUUAAGUGACGCAUUACUUGGCUUUGCCUAUUACUAUGGUGUGCCCACCGUUGCAAUUAGUCCCACCGGUGCCAACUCAUGGCUCAACAACAUGUUUGGUAAUCCUCAAUCCGCCGCUCUCGAUCCGAGCAACUUUUUACCCUACACAGAGCGCAUGAACACAAAGCAACGCAUUACGAAUAUGCUAAUGAGCACCUUUGAGCGUCUGACCUACAACUUUUUCCACCUGAUCUCCCAGCAAUCUGUUUACUCAAAUCACUUUGAGCUGCUGGUGCGUGAGCUACCCAACUAUCGAGACUUGAGCAAGAACUUGAGUCUUGCCUUGAUCAACUCGCAUCCUGCUAUGGAUUAUCCACGUGCCUAUUUACCCAAUAUGCUGGAGGUGGGCGGACUACAUUUGCUGGAGCCCCAAGAGCUGCAAGUGCCAAAUCAUGUACUUUCGUUUAUGGAGGCUGCGUCGAGUGGGGUCAUCUACAUGAGCCUUGGAGCCGAAGUCCAAACGGCUCAGUUGCCCAGCGAGAAGCUGUCCAUAUUGCUGGAUGUCUUUGCGCAUCUCAAGGAAUUUCAUUUCCUGCUCAAAUGGGAAACUGAGGAGUUCAUACAACCGCUGCCCGACAACAUAAUGAUCAACAGCUGGUGGCCCCAGCAGGCCAUACUGGCUCAUGAAAAGGUCAAGCUGUUCAUUAGCAGCUGCGGCCAGCUGAGCGUUUGGGAGUCCAUUGCGGGUGAUACGCCAAUACUUGCCAUACCCAUACUGGCCGAGCAGGAGGUGCUGGCCAAGCGGCUGCAGCAGAAGGGUGCUGCGCUAACAGUCGCCUAUGAUGCGCUGGCCUAUGAUGCACUGCUUCAUAGCAUACGGCAGCUGACGCUGAAUGAAAGUUAUGCACAGCAUUUGGGACAGCUGAAGAAGCGUCUGAGUGUUGUCAAUUCGGAAGCUUCGGCGAGAGCGCUCAGCCACAUUGAACUGAUAUUGAGCACAGGUGGGGCUGAUUUCCUAAAGUCCCAUGCCAACUCGCUCAACUUUUGGCGCUCCGAGGGCUUGGACGUGCUGGUGAUAAUAGCGCUGGGUAUUUCCGGAAUUUUGACUGUGCCAUUUGUGGUCACGUGCUGCAUACUGCGUCGCUCGUACUACAGUCAAGCUGCACAGGAUCAGCAGCAGCAACCGUAUCGCACCAUGCUCAAGAGCGUGGGUCGCGUGCACAGCCAUGGGGAUCCCAGUAGCUGUACGAGCGCUCGCUCCACCGAGCCGUUGAGGAGAACACGCUCGGCACAAUCGCUGUCGGCUCGCUCGAGCUGCUCCAGCUUCAGUUCGACAACACCGACUACGCCGUCCAGCAAUUCGACAACUCCGCUGGAUCUGACACCGCCGCCACCGACAGCUGCAACGCCCGCUAUGGAUCUGUAUGUCAAUCAGGGUGUUUAUAGCGCACAGAAAGCAUCAGCGCUCGACGAGAAGAUGGAGCACGCGUUCUUAUAGCCACAUCGAUAGCUAUCGGCAUGGCAUAACGAUAUAUCUCUAGAUUUCCAACCUUACCCAAAUGUAUAUGUAUAGGCAAGAUAUGCAAUUAGUCGUAUCUAAUAUCC